CAACUCGAUUCUCCAUCCACUUGUUGAUUGCCUGCCAGAAGUCUCGCCAUGGCCAACUCCUUUUCCUUGUUUCUUCUUCUCCCCCUCGUCUUCCUUGGCAUCAUAGCCACGGCAACCAGCGAUGAAUACACUGCACCGGAAGAGAAGAUGACCCACCUGCAUUUCUACUUUCACGAGAUAUACGCCGGCGCAAACGUGACCACGAUGGUCGUCGCAGUCCCGCCGGGCACCAACUCCUCGUUCACCACCUUCGGCGCGCUCGUCGUCAUCGACGACAUGCUGAGGGAAGGCCCGGAGCCGAGCUCGAAGCUCAUCGGGAGGGCGCAGGGGCUGGUGGCGCAGGCCUCCCAGGAGGGCUCGGCGCUGCUCACGGCUUUCAACUUCGUGUUCACGGAGGGGGAGUUCAACGGGAGCACGCUGGCGAUCCUGGGCAGGGCCAAGCUGAGUGAGCCGCCGGUCGAGCGCAGCAUCGUCGGAGGGUCGGGCAAGUUCCGGAUGGCCAGGGGGUACACCGAGGCUCGAGUCAUCAGUUCGAAGGACGGCUACUUCCUCAUGGAGUUCGAUGCCUAUGUCACUCAUUACUGAAUUGUUUCACGUUAAUGUUUGCGGAAAUAAGCGCUUUUGGCUAUUUGGAUGUGUUCGGAGGCUGAUGCAUGUUUUCCCUCCUUGGAUAUAUAGAGCAAGCAAUAAGAAAACCUUCGGGUUUGCUUCAAACAA